AUGUCGACGACAGAGAAAGUGACCGUACCAUUCUUCAAAAAAAAGGGCAGAGGUCGUCCAGCGACCGCACGCAAGCGGUCCGCCUCUCCACCAGCGAGCGUGCUCACUGUCCCUGUCCCAUCGUCAUCCAAGACCGAGGUCGUGCUGCCCUCGCGCAAGCAGGCUGCAAACCUCCUAAGCGCGGGAACGAAGCGAACCGCUGCCCAGCGCGACGAAGAUGCGCACUCGGACCAGGAGCCUGAGCGUGAGGGCCCCGACAUGAAGUGGACCGCCGCGGGCUCGCACGUUAACGCGGCGCUCGAGAUUCUGCAGGGCGACGAGGCGGCCGCGAUUCUCGCAAAGCGUCGGAGGACAGAGCCGACUGAUGACGAGAGCGUGCCCGACGACGGGCUCUACCAUGGGCAGAAGGCGUACGCCAACCAUAUCAAAAAGAACCAGGAGGUGCCGAAGGCGAUGCGGGUGGGCCCGCAGCGGCCAAAUAGUAGUACGAUACGUACGGUCACCAUCGUGGACUACCAGCCGGAUGUAUGCAAGGACUACAAAGAGACGGGCUACUGCGGGUACGGCGAUACCUGUAAAUUCUUGCACGACCGCGGAACAUAUCUCGCCGGCUGGCAGCUUGAUAAAUUGGCAGAAAACCCCCGAAAGCAGGUGGAAGACGUCUCGGAUACCGAUUCUGAUGACGACAACGACCUCCCCUAUUCAUGUUACAUCUGCCGAAAACCCUUUACAGAUCCUGUAGUCACACGCUGUGGACACUACUUCUGCUCCGCAUGCGCGAUCAAGCGCUUCUCCAAAACUCCGAAAUGCGCGGUGUGCUUUGCUCCCACAGCUGGCAUCUUCAACCGUGCCGACAAGGUGCUUGAGAAGAUGAAGAAGGUACAAGCAGAGAAGGGGGCUGACGAAGCUGACGGCGGCGGAGACGAUACGAAGACAGUUGAAAUUGAGGGAUUACAGCAGGGCAGCGACAGCGAGAGCGGGAGUGAUGAGGGCGAUGCCGAUUGA